AUGAUCAAGUGUGAACAUCCUCAAUACAAAACCAAGCCAAAAUACAUCUGUAAAGAACCAGAUGGAUGUUCAGAGAGGAAGAAUCCAGGAGUUCAGGAUAAAUGGAUGGAGAAUGGAGAUGUUUCUCUAUAUGACGACACCAGAGCAGGAGUCUUGAUCGUGUUUUUUAGAGAUCUGAAAGCUGCAGAUGCAGGAACAUACAGGUGUGGAGUGAAUGUGUCGCACUAUACGGAGAGCUUCACUGAACUUCAGCUGAACGUCACAGAUGAUGCAAAAUAUCCCAAGAGUGUGACUGAAUCUGCUUAUCUUGGUGAAGAAGUCAACAUCACCUGUCAGAUCCCAGAGGAACAUAAAGUUCACUUCUGCAAAAAGGAUGAUAAUCUCAUCUGCUUAUCUACAGAAACGAAUGGUUCAUCUGAGAGAAAUGAAGAGAGAGUUUUUACAGUGAGCAUCAGUAAUGUGAGCGUGAGAGAUGCUGGAGUUCACUGGUGUGGAGCAGAAACCAGAGACACACAUUUGACUUCCACCACCUUGACCACCAAAAUUCAACCCAACCACACCAAUUUCUCCAUGAUCAUCAUUAUUUGUGUGUGUGUGAUUCUGCUGCUGAUUGGUGGAUUCAUUCUGACUGUGUGUAAAUUAAGACACAAGAGACAAGGUGACGCUCACACAAAGAGUUCAGUUUGUUCUACUGCACAAUUACCCACAAUCCCUUCUGGUGAGCUCCUUUACGCGUCUGUCAGUUUCCAGAAGCAUGAAGAGUCUCUCAGUGACGCUACAGUCUCCUCCAGUAAGGACCAGAUUGACUGUGAAUACGCCAUGGUCAGUCACCACAUGAGACUCGACUAACUCGCUUAUAACGGAUCAGCACACAUUACAUUACACCAGUAUUUGAAAAAAAAAAUGAAAAAAAGACUGAUGUAUAUAUUUUAUAUUUACGUUUAUGCUCACGGUUUAUUGAUAAAUUAUCCAUAAUUUAGUGUUAAACAGAUGUUUUAUUGAUCAGGGUCUUUCAGUCACAUGUUUUACUGGCGUGUGUAAAGAGUUUGUCAUCUCAGUUUGUCUGAGGGUGUGAUUUAAAACAGGAAGUGAUACCACUGAGUGAUACUUGCAGAGACACGUAUAGUUGUUAAAGUCUCUUUAAUAGCAGCUGUUUAAAUAACAGCUUUCUCUUUCUGAUCUCUCUGAAUAUUGAUUCUCUUUAGAUCUGUACAUGCAAGAGACUUUUGCUAAUGUUGUUUUUAGUUCAUUCUUGCUCUGUUGGAACUGAGGACAUUUUUAUGAUGUAAGAGUUUUACUGUAUAAUCAUAUAUUUUAUUAAUUGAAAAAUAAACAUUUCUUUGCUGUUAGUACAUUCAUGUCAAUACAAUUUUAAACAAGUAACAUCUUAAAGAUUUACAUUGAAUUUCACUGUUUUAUGAUUUUUUUCAUCACUAGCAUCCUGGUCCAUUUCUAAAUAUUAGCAUAUUUUUGUAUGGCAGUAAUAGUGAGAGUCGUAUGAUAGUGUGCAUUUUUUAAUUUAUUUUGAAAUCAACCAAAGAAAAGAAAAAAUACUUCUUUUUUUAACUAAGAUAAAGAGACUUGCUUGUAAGUGUCUCAGGUCUUUGUGUUCACAGGGUUGUUUGAUACUGUGGUCAGUGUAAAAAAAGAUCAACAUGAAAUGCUCUUCAGCUUGUGGUUUUCUUUAACUCUAUCUUUUGUUGGUCAAAACAAGAAGCCCUUUAGUAUAGAAGCCUGUUUCUGCCACUUAAAAAAAAAUAAAAUUAUUUCAAUCAUGACAACUCUCGGAGUGGAUUAAAUCCAACCAGCAUUUAUUGGCAUGGGGUAUGAAGUAUACAUGGCUUGAUUUUGGCGUACGAGAUCUGCUACGCUGCUGCUACUGCUGCUGUUGCUGCUGAGCAAAUACAAAUUGUUCAGCUUAGUCAAAUAAAACAACAAGGAAGAGGCUGCUGCAAGAAUGGUAGAACCCCCUCAAAGCAGUGGACCGCAUGGUCCGUGCUACCCAAGUUAAGAAAGCGGCCGAGUAGCUUCGGCCUGAUACCCCCCACACAGCAGAUCUGGGGUGCGUUUCCCGAAAGCAUCGUUGGUGAACUAUGGUCGUAAGUCCCAUUGAACUCUAUUGGUAACGACGGAACUUACGACCAUAGUUCGCUUUGGGAAACGCACCCCUGAACGCCAAAAUAUGUGUACUGCUGCUGCUCCGUAGAGCUAUAGGCGCGUGUAUGACUAUCUAUGUGAGCCUGGGCCUGCUUUGCCGAGUGGCUUAACACUAUUGAGCUUACCUAUAAAUGUGCAUCUGACCUAGUGGCCUAAGCUAGAAUGAUACUAAGCCAGAGCACAUAUGCAUAAAUAACAUGCCUAUAAAAUGUGAUUGGUUUUAUCUAAUGCAGUGUAUGGUAUGCCUUUUUUUUUUUUUUUGGUGACCGCUCCGAAAACAUUUGUCCCUGGUCCCCUGCAUCAAACUUAAAUCUCGCAGCCGAGAUCCUCCCCUCCACUAGCUAAGGAUUCGGAUACUGUAAAAUGCUGCAUACACGUCGUUGCUAAUGUCUGCAAAUGAUCAAAUCGAAUAAUAGUAUCUGAAUAAUAAUUAAUAUACCAGAAUGCCCAGCGCCACCUGAUAAUUUAAAUCAGAGAUGUUUCUUGUCCUUUCAAGUCUUUGGAAUUAUGUCUGAUGUAGCAUUUGUGGGCUGCCGAAUUCCAGUGGCCCAUUUCUUUAAGGGUAGUGGAUGGUACUCUUUGAAUGCUGACAUUGCUGCGCCAAUUCUGGAUGAGUGGUCAGUGUAGACUUCUAGGUUUAAGCCACGUGAAUGACAUGGGUGUUUUAACGAACCAGGCCCUGGUCAUCAGUUUCCAUCAGCUGUAAGGAAACAGUGGAUCUGAGCAGCUGCAUCUCCGAAUUGCAGGGAUUGUUACAUGAAAGAAGAGCAAAACACAGAAUUAAUGCUAGAUAAUAAAGUGUGACCUGUUAAAUCUGUCGUUUUUGAGUGCUUAAAUGUAAGACAAACAAUUUUAUUUAUUUAUAUUAUACAAGCUGUGAGAACUGCCUCUAGAAAAGUAUGGAAUGUGGAUCAAGAGCUUUCCUUCUGAGUGGUGAAACAUGUAGCGCAGGUGUGUAGGAAUAGCUUUGGUUGUUGGGAAUGUCUUUACUAUGCUGUUCAGUAGACGGUUGCGGGGACUUGGAGAGGCUUGGUGCGCUGGGGUCCAGAGUCAGCAACAAGGAUGAAACUGUGAAUUGAAG